AUGGACGAGAUAAGGCAUAUAAAACCCGACUUUGCAACGUACCUGGAGGAGGCAGGCAUUCAGUUGUGGUCAAGAGUUCACUUUCCGGGUGAUAUAUACAAUAUAAAGACGAGCAACAUCGUAGAGUCUAUCAACUCCGCUCUCAAACGAGCACGGGGAUUUCCCAUAGUAUUCCUGUUGGAGUACUUACGGGAGAAGCUAACAAAGUGGUUUUGUAAAAGGCGGGAAGAUGCUUUGAGUCUUAAAACCAUCCAUACUCGGGGAGUUGAAUAUUUGUUGGCAAUUCGUUCACAUUAUGCUGAUAAUUUGACGGUUGAAGGCAUAGAUGGUUGGCGAUUCAAUGUGAAAGGAGGAUCACAUAACUGUGUCGUUGAUUUGGAACUUCGAAAGUGUGGGUGUGGCGUGUAUGAUAUUGAGAAAAUACCUUGCUCUCAUGUUAUAGCCGUUUCAGAUGCAAUGCAUAUGCAUCUGGCCACUCUUGUAUGCCCGACAUACUACAAAGAUUACUUGUAUGCAGCGUACUCGCAUAAUAUAUAUCCUCCAAGCAUUGCAAUGAAAACCGAUGAAACAACACAAUGUCUACCUCCGGAAGUCCGACGUAAAAAAGGCAGGCAAAAGAAGUCAAGAUGGCAAACUUGGCUGGAAAUUUCGAGACAUAGGCAGAAGAAACCCCGUAAGAUCCACAAGCAGUACAGUUGUUCGAAAUGUCACCAACCAGGACAUACCAGACCGAAUUGUGUAAGUGUUAUGUUACCUCAUACGUUUAAGGGUUACAUUGGUUGA